UCGCCGAGUCAACUCAGUCUCCUUUCCCAAACUUGUGCUGUUGAACUUGAACGUAUCCACAUAUACAUACAAGUAUACUGUAUCUAUAGGCAGGCUUUCACUACUCCCAAUUCCCCAGUGGACAGCAAUGGCGGAAGCUUCCGACGAGGCGAAGGACAUUGAGAAGCUCUACGAGUAUGGCGAACGCCUCAACGAAGUCAAAGACAAGUCUCAGCAUACUGAAGAUUACGAGAACAUAAUAAAAGCGGCGAAGAGCAGCAGUGUGAAAUCCAGGCAAUUAGCUGCGCAGCUCAUCCCUCGGUUCUUCAAGCACUUUCCCGGGCUAUCGGAAAAUGCUGUCCACGCGCAUCUUGAUUUGUGUGAAGCUGAAGAGAUCGGGAUUCGGGUGCAAGCAAUCCGUGGACUACCACUUUUCUGCAAGGACACGCCUGAGCAUCUUUCUAAAAUUGUUGACAUUCUUGCACAGCUCCUUACAGCUGAGGAAAAUGUGGAGCGUGAUGCUGUAAAUAAAGCACUUUUGUCCUUACUGAGACAAGAUGUUCGAGCUUCCUUGACAGCCCUAUUUAAGCAUAUUGAGAGUGUUGACGAGCAACUAACAGAUGAAAAUCUACGUGAAAGGACCUUACUUUUCAUUAAAGACAAGGUCUUUCCACUCAGAGCUGAGCUCCUGAGACCUGCUGAGCAAAUGGAAAGGCACAUUACUGAUUUGAUAAAAAAGAGCCUACAAGAUGUCACUGGAGCCGAAUUUAAUUUGUUCAUGGAUUUCUUGAAAAGCUUGAACAUGUUUGGUGAGAAAGCUCCCCCAGAGAGGAUCCAGGAACUGAUUGAAAUUAUAGAAAGCCAAGCUGAUCUGGAUGCACAAUUCGAUGAUGCAGAUGGUGACCAUAUAGAUCGACUGAUUUCAUGCCUGUUUAUGGCACUUCCAUUUUUUGAGAGGGGUGCAUCCAAUAGCAAGUUUUUCAAAUAUCUAAAUAAGCACAUUUUUCCAGUAUUUGAUAAGCUUCCUGAAGAACGAAAAGUGGACCUGCUUAAAAACCUUGCGGAGGGUUCGCCUUACACCUCUCCACAGGACUCCAGACAAAUUCUUCCUGCCGUGGUUCAGAUCCUAAAGAAGACCAUGCCUCGGAGAAAAUCAGGGGAAGAGAUGAAUUUUACUUAUGUUGAGUGCUUGCUAUAUACAUUCCACCAUCUAGCUCAAAAGGCACCUAAUGCGACUAAUAGUUUAUGCGGUUACAAGAUUGUGACUGGACAACCAUCAGAUAGGCUGGGGGAGGACUUCUCAGAGCAAUAUAAAGAUUUCUUGGAACGAUUAAAUUGUGUUGAAGACCUAGUUCGUGCCACCACAAAAAAGUUGAAUCAGGUAAUGGCAGAGCACAGCAAAGCACUGGCAGCUGCUGGAUCUGACGAGUCGAAGGCUAGCAUUAAAGCAGAAAAGCAGAACACCUCAACUGGUUUAAGAACUUGCAAUAAUAUCUUGGCUAUGACACAGCCGCUGCAUGCGAAAACACCUUCAUUUAUAGGAGAUAAGAGAAUUAAUUUAUCUUGGAAGGAAGCGACAAAGCCUUCAGGCAAUUCAACUGUAACCACCACUGGUGGGAAGCGUCCUGGACAAAACGGCGCAGGUAAUAAUCCAAGCAAGAGAGGGCGUGGAGGAGGCAGUAGUCAAAACCAAAACCCGGUAUCUAACAGAGGAUUUCAAGGAAGAACACCAGGGGGGCGAGGCAGAGGGAGGGGACGAGGUGGACGUGGCAAGGGGAGAGGAAGGGGACGAGGAUUCUGAUAGCUCUGUUUCGACUAUCAGUGUAAGAUUAAAAAAAUGACAUGAUUUGACGGCAACAUAUGUGUACCAUCGUUUUGUGUUGGAGCAAUUUUGACCAGAGGAGGAGGAAGAGGUGUUAGAAGGAUUUUUUUUGGGUUUUAUAUUUUAUGUGUUUUCUACAGCACUACACGACCCCAGAACCGCGAUGGAAAUAGCAGUCGAAUACGAAAAGUUAUUUAUCCACCGAUUUAAAAAUAUUUAAA